AUGUCACAGAAAGAAUCAGGGCUCUGCAGAGGUUCGAGUUUGCCUCUUGGUGCUUGCAGGUACGGUUGCUCAAAGGUGAGUGUGGAUGUGCCACAUAACAAGAUAACUGGACCUGUUGCCGAGCUUGCCCGGGUCCUGUACUUCACUCGACGUGAAGCAGAGGAGAUGAUGCAUGCGCCAAAGCUUGACCCGAAGGUGCGACACUACGCAACCGACACGGCAAAUUAUGCCCACGACUUGGAGUUCUUUGCAAGGCAGUUGGGGCUGGCGCUGAAGAUGCCAACUGGCGCAGGGGGCCAAAUGGGAAGGCUCACAGGGACUCGGGAUCCUGUCAUUCACAACGUCCUAUGCCCAACUCGUUACAGUGACUCGGUCUCUCGGUCACAUGAUCCUCUUCCUCGUCCUACUUGUCACGACCACCUUUUGAAUUAUUUCCAUCAUCGCCAGGGUCAUCGCCAUCAUCAUGCCUCCGAAGGUUAG